UAAAAAUUUUGCAGGUUCAAUUUUUCAGAAGAGGCAUCUCUUUAGUCUUAGUCAGACACUAUAUAGUGGCCAGUAAGUCAGUAAGUAAUAGUAGAGAUGUCUGAAAAUCCGGCUGUUACGUUUCUCGGUCUGUCAGACAGUGAUGUGGCUAAAUGUCAGCGUUGUAAACAAGAAAAUGCCGUACUAAUCACUCGAAAGGAACCUUUCUGUAAGGCAUGCUUCAUCCGAUUCAUUAGAGGAAAGCAACGGAAACAGAUGCAAGAUGAUAAAUAUAAGGUGAAAUAUGGAGCUUUGAUAGAAAAACUUGGAACCCAACGUGUUUUGUUGGCGUUAUCUGGUGGUGAGUCAUCAUUGGUCCUUUUAGAUGUCAUGGCAUCAUUACUUCAAGAACAGUAUGAAGCUCAUAAAGGUAAACAGGGAUUUGAAUUGGUGAUAUUGAAUCUUAAUGAGUUUGAAUUGAAUAGUUUGAAUAAAAGAAUAUCGGAUAUAUUGCCCGAACUUGUCAAACGAUAUGAACCUGUACCUAUUCAUUAUAAAGUAUUGGACUUAAAUUCAUACAUUCUUGAUGAUUCAAUACUUGAAAAGAUUAUUUUACAUGAUGAUUUCACGGGAAUUACUUUACCAUAUACCGCCCAAACUAAAUAUACUUUAUUUGAUAUCUUAAAACUAUGUCCCAACAAGUCAUCUAUUGAAGAUUUAUUGACAAUAAUCUAUCAAGAUUUAAUUGCAAGAACAGCAUAUAUUGAAGGAUGUCAAACCAUAAUAUAUGGUCAUAGUAUGACCAGAAUUGCCAAUGAAAUCAUUGCUUUAACUGUCAAGGGAAGAGGUUCCACCAUCUAUCAAGCUAUAGCUGAUCAUACAAUAGCAUAUAAUGAUAAAGAAUUACAAAUCUUAUUCCCUCUUAGAGAUGUAUUGUAUGCUGAGAUACUAGCAUAUGCCAAAUUGACUGGACUAGAUGAGUCUGUAUUGGUAUCUACCAUUCCUAAAUCCAAAAUCAAUAAGAACUUGACUAUUCGUGAUUUAACUACUCGAUAUUUCAGUCAACUAGAUGCCACAGGUUAUGCAUCCACAGCAUCAACAGUUGUUAAAACUGGUGAAAAACUUGGAGCUCCCAAGGUUGAUGAUAAUGUUGGUACUGUCGCUCAUUGUCAGAUCUGUGGUAUUGAGAUCUAUCAAGAUCCUGGUGAUUGGUUAAGAAAUAUUACAGUUAAUAAGGCUGCACCAGUUGAGACUGAACAAGAUCAUGAGAAUCUCCAGUUAUAUAAGGAUUCUGUGGGUGUAUCAUCACAAUCUACAGAAGUUCCUCAUGGUAAUCCACUAAACAUAUGUUAUGGGUGUAUUGUUACAUUAGGUGGAGUUAAGCAGGAGUCAGGGUUUAUAUGGCCUACGAACAAUACUUCCCCUAUUGCAACUCAACAGUAUAUAGUCGAUAGUGAUAGAGAGAAACAGCGAGUUCUUGAUGAGUUUGUAUUAACAGACGAUGAGGGUGAGGAUGAGGGUGAGUAAACGGAUCUCAGUAUAGAGUCUAUAGUCUAUAGUACAGGAUAUAGUACAGUAUAUAACACACUAUACAACUCACUAUACAACUCACUAUACAACUCACUAUAUAAACAUCAAUACAGUUAGAAUACCCCUAUUAUAGUGUAAUACCUACAGGUUAUCCUACAGUAUAUAGAAAGUAAUUGC